CGAGGAAAGCUUGAACCUGAUCACAGAAGGAGUUUUUCAGCAUCGCAGAGCACACCUCGGAGGAAACAGCAGGCAUCCUCGUGGACUAUGGAGGAGGAAAUCUACGCCAAUGCUGACUUUAAAAAAACAGACGACAGAGGUCCCUGCAUAAAUCCGACGGGUCUGAGGAGAUUUCAGGAAGCCGUGGUUUUGUCUCUGGUGCUGCUGAGUGUUCUCCUGCUGGCUGUGCUCAUCGGCCUCAGCGUGCACUGCCACAACUCAGCUCACGAGUUCUCCUCCAUCAAAACCAAACUCCAGGCCAGCGACAACCAGCUGUCCACCCUGACGGAAAAGCUCCAGUGUUUGAAGAAAACUUGUCCGAAUGGAUGGAAGAUGUUCGGUUGUUCCUGUUAUCUCUUCUCCAUAAAGGCUGGGUCUUGGAAUAUGAGCAGGAAAGAGUGCAGAGCCAGAGGAGCAGAUCUGGUGGUCAUAAACAGUCUUGAAGAACAGCUAUUCGUAACCGACGCCAAAGAAAAGUCAACAUGGAUCGGUUUGAGUGACAAAGACAAUGAGGGGACGUGGAAAUGGACGGAUGGCACUCUGCUGACUCUUUCGUUCUGGCAUAAACGGCAGCCUGAUAACGGUGGUGGUGAUCCAAGAUAUGGCGAGGAAGACUGUGUCCACCUGGUAGACGGCAGGACACAAGUGAAAAACUGGAACGAUAUGGCAUGUCACAGGACUCUGUAUUGGAUCUGUGAGAAGUAGCUCAGCAUUGUGACCAAGUGUUGAAAUGUUAUGCUGGGGCCAUCAGCACUGGAAGGAGAGGAAGAAGGGCUCAGCCUGUUUUUGUAAUCAGCACAAUGUAGACGUGUUAUUUCCACAUUUUCAGCUGAGGAGUCCGGAGAUCUUUACAACAUCAUAGAAACAACUGCACACGUGUUAGCAAGCUAGUUAGAAAAUGUUUCAUGUUUAAAAUCCAAAACAUGUCGCUAUAAAGAGAAAACCAUGCUGCAUUCCCAUAAAGCAUGAAAUAUGUACCGCUUUUAUUCUCUAAACAUUACUGUCUUUGAUCAAUCAGUGCUGUUGGUGUGUACUAAUAUCUGUUAAGUGUUUUAUAUUGAAUAAAUUCGCCUCUGGGUCCUCUAAAAUAAA